AUGCCUGCGAUGUUUGCUGGCUCCACUGGGUCCUAUGGGGCAGGUGGGAUGCUCGGCCUGUCUGCUGGGGGCUUUUCUGGCGGUGGCCUUAGCUCAGGUAUGGGCCUUCACUCCGGAGCCGGUCUGGGUCUGGGCAUGGGCAUGGGGCUGGGACUUGGAGGAAUGGGUCUCGGUAUGGGUAUGGGUAUGGGGGGUGUGGGUGGAGGGGCCUCUACUUUAGGCUUAGGCCUGAGAGGUGCAGGGAUGUCGGCCGGAGCUGGAGCUGGAGCGGUAGGUGGAGGUGGAGCAGCAGCAAUGCUCUCCUCCAUGGGUGGAUCUGGAGCCAGAGCUGGUGGAGUUGGCGGCAGUGCUGCCGCUUCAGGUGCUGGUGCUACCGGUGGUGCUGCGUCUGCUUCGUUUGGGACUCUCAUGUCACGGGAGACUCAGAAGAGCACUCUGUCUUCGCUGAACACACGCUUCUCCAGCUUUGUGGCGCGGGUACAGGACCUUCAGAGGGAGAACAGCGCUCUGGAGGCUCGUCUGACCGAGCUGACCGGCGGCUCGGACAUGACCACCGACACCAACAUCACAGUGUCAGCGGCCGAGCAGGAAACACAGCUGCAGGAGUACCGCGACAACAUUGCCAAGGCCUCCAUCGACGUGGUGAAACUGGAGAUCAAGCUGGAUGGCAUUCGUGGUGUGGCUCAUGAACUGAAGGCCAAGUUUGACUUCGAGCAAGGUGUGAAACUACAGUUGGAGACUGACAUUGAGGCCAUGAGAAAGGACAUCAAGGCAGCGGCUGAGCUUCACGAGGAGUUAGACUUUCAGAAGGGCCAGCUGAAGGAUGAACUGGACUUCAUUGAAAAAAUGCAGCAAGAGGAGAUGGCCGGUCUUGAAACCAAACUGGGAAAAUCCUUUGACACAUCCUCGUCAAUCAUCGAGGUGGACACAGGCAAAUCCUUCGACAUCACAGAAGCCCUAAACAAGAUCCGGGCUGAGUAUGAGGCAACCGUGCGGACACAUAAGGAGGAGGCAGACACGUACUACAAAGCCAAGAUGGAGGAGUUUAAGGCGGAGGAGGAGAGCACCACCACCGCGCUGUCCACCACCAAGGAGGAGGUGAGCACCUCCAAGAAGGAGCUGCUGACACUACAGCUGGAGCUGGAGAACCUUGUCCACAAGUCGGUGUCCCUGGAGCAGCAGCUGGUGGAGGCCCAGGCUCAGUCCAGCGGUGCCGUGGCCGGCUACGAGGCCCAGAUCCGGGGGCUGGAGGUGUCCAUCGAGGGGGCCAAGAGCGACCUCCUCAAGCAGAUCCUCAGCUACCAGGAGCUGCUGGACAUCAAGCUGGCCCUGGACACCGAGAUACACAGCUACAAGGUGCUCCUAGAGGGCAUGGAAAGCAGUGAUUUCUCUGCCGCGUUUAGUGCCGCCUCUGCCGCCUCCUCCUCCCUGAACCUGUCCAAAUCUCCCGCCACGUCCGUCAGAAGCUCAUCUCCUGUCAAUCCCGCCAUGCAGGACAUGCUCUCUCUGGCACAGGGCUCAGAGGAAAUGGAAAGGGCAUCGUCAACCACUUUGACAGAGUCAAUAUCAUCACAGUGCUACUCAGAGACUACAGUUGAAACUACGGUUGAAACAAGAAAAGCAGAAAUUAUAAUUAGAGAGGAGAUUGUGAACAUGACCUCUUCAGAGCCAGAGGACUGAGAGAUGAGAUGGCUGGGAGGAGAGCAGACAUCACAAGACCAAGGACCAAGGCAGC